AAAGAUGUCUGAUGCCAAUUCCAAAUUUUGUUUAUAUGAACUCAAUGUUUUUAUAUGAUUUCUAUCAUAAUUAAUAUAAAUUAAGAAUAAUGUUAACGUUGUAACCAUAGAUGUAGGAGAAAAAUCCGUCUAACCAUUCUCUAUCUCUCUCUCCCUGUUUAGCGAACAAAAUUCAUCGCCGGCACCAACUGUACCACCAUGCACGACCACCAUUUGCCCCUCCACAUUGCCUCUCGUAGCUGAUACAAGAGAUACAAGCAUCAAAACUUCUCCAUAAAACCAAAAGAACGUAUAAAAAAGAGAAGAAAGAAAAAAUUUAUUAAACACCUUGAUCUCCAGCACAAACACAAAGAAUCAAGAAAUGCAUACCCUUCACCAUUAAUAGCAAAAACAGUUUCUUUCUUUCUUUCUUUCUUUUCUCCCUAGAAUUUCUACUAUUGGCAAUAAAAUUUUCCCAUUGAAAGUGUUUUGAUCUUAAACUCUAGGCCUUCUUGUCCGCCUUGGCCAUGGCGGACAUCGUGAAAGAGAUCCUGGCAAGGCCAAUACAAUUAGCGGACCAGGUGACAAAGUCCAUUGAUGAGGCACAAUCUUUCAAGCAGGAUUGUCAAGAACUUAAAGCCAAAACAGAGAAGCUCGCAAUACUUUUACGCCAAGCAGCUCGUGCAAGCAACGUCCUUUAUCAACGCCCAACCAGACGCAUCAUCGAUGACACAGAGCAAGUCCUUGAUAAAGCUCUUACUCUUGUCAUUAAAUGUCGUGCCACUGGCCUAAUGAAACGAAUGUUCACCAUUAUCCCUUCUGGUGCCUUUCGAAAAACUUCAAUGCAGUUGGAGAAUUCAAUAGGCGAUGUUUCUUGGUUACUGCGUGUCUCAGCUUCUGCUGAUGAUAGAGAUGAUGAGUACUUAGGGCUGCCUCCUAUUGCUGCAAAUGAACCGAUUCUGUGUCUCAUAUGGGAACAAAUUGCUCUACUUUUUACAGGUUCUUUAGAAGAGAGAUCAGAUGCUGCAGCUUCUUUGGUUUCUUUAGCUAGAGAUAAUGAUCGGUAUGGGAAGUUGAUCAUUGAGGAAGGCGGAGUUCCUCCAUUGCUUAAGUUGCUUAAAGAAGGGCAAAUGAUGGGUCAAGAAAAUGCUGUUAGGGCCAUUGGAUUAUUAGGACGUGACCCAGAAAGUGUCGAACAGCUUGUGAAUGCUGGGGUUUGCAAUGUGUUUGCGAAAAUCCUCAAAGAAGGUCAUAUGAAAGUUCAAGCUGUUGUGGCUUGGGCUGUGUCUGAAUUGGCUGCAAAUUAUCCCAAAUGCCAAGAUCAUUUUGCACAAAACAAUAUAAUUCGGUUUCUUGUUACUCAUCUUGCUUUUGAGACGGUUCAAGAACAUAGCAAGUAUGCAAUUGCUAGUAAGCAAUCAAUAUCAAUUCAUUCAGUUGUCAUGGCCAGUAAUAACCCAAAUGAAAAAAAGAAAGAAGAUGAAAACACAAGGAUUUCUCAUCCAACGAACCAUAACACUUCUAACCAAAUGCACAAUUUGGUAACCAACACUAUGAAGCAAAAUCAAACACCAACUCAGAUAAAAAAUCAAACACAUCAUCCACACCAAGGAAGGGGCAACCAAAGCAAUUCAAAACGUCAUCACCAUCAUGUUUUAACUGGGACUAGCAUCAAAGGGAGGGAAUGUGAAGACCCUGCUACAAAAGCGCAAAUGAAAGCCAUGGCAGCUAGAGCACUUUGGCAACUCUGCAAGGGAAAUGUCACUAUAUGCCAAAGCAUAACCGAGUCGCGAGCGCUUUUAUGCUUCACAGUUUUGUUAGAGAAAGGUCCUGAAGAUGUUCAAUCCCAUUCAGCAAUGGCAUUAAUGGAAAUCACAGCAGUAGCUGAAAAAAAUUCUGAUUUAAGACGCUCUGCUUUCAAACCCACUUCCCCAACCGCUAAAGCAGUUGUUGAUCACCUUCUAAAAGUAAUUGAAAAGGCAGAUUCAGACCUCCUCAUACCCUGCAUCAGUGCCAUAGGCAACUUAGCCAGGACCUUUCGAGCAACAGAAACAAGGAUGAUUGGGCCAUUAGUGAAGCUACUAGAUGAAAGGGAGCCUGAAAUUACAAUGGAAGCAGCAAUUGCUCUCAACAAAUUUGCAUCCACAGAAAAUUACCUGUGUGUUACUCAUUCAAAGGCUAUAAUCAAUGCAGGAGGUGCCAAGCACUUGAUUCAACUAGUUUACUUUGGAGAGCAAAUGGUUCAAAUUCCUUCAUUGCGUUUGGUUUGCUACAUCGCAUUGAGUUGCCCAGAUAGCGACGUUCUUGCAAAUGAAGAGGUUCUGAUUGUGCUAGAAUGGUCAUCAAAGCAAUCACAUUUUGUCCAAGAUUACACAAUUGAACCUCUAUUGAUUGAUGCAAAGAGGAGACUGGAGCUCUAUCAGUCAAGAGGCUCAAGGGGAUUCCAUUAACUAUGCAACUCUGUAACAU